UGGCAAGUUUUGAGUCUGUGUUCAAUGAUAUUGAUGAUUCGAAGUUUGAUAACUUUUUCUCAUCUCUACUUGAAAUGGAAGACCUUAAGAAGAAGGACAAAAGCAACUUUGAGAUGGACCUGGACAAAUUUUUGAUACCGAAGAAUAACUCCCAUGUUGAUCCUACACGAAAAACAAAUAUUUUUAUUUCUGAACCGAGUCUGUCCUCCAUAGUUGUUUCUGAUACCAUUCCGAAAUAUAAAGUUGAUGUUGGUCAAAUUGUUUUGCCGAUAAAGAGGAAGGCCACUCAGAAAUGUAAAGCAGUUAUGUUGGUGUCCGAUGAGUCUCUUAUCGCUCAUCGUACACGUUCAAAGUUUAGAAACAAAAAUGAAUAUGUGGUUGUUGAUAAGUUUAUGGCUGCUGAAACCACAUCUGUUAGCCGUAAACGUUCUACAUUGAAAAGGUCGAAAACAAUUUCAAUCAUUGAGUUCACCAAAGUCGCCGAGAACAGAAUGCGUUUACCGUCUGCUAUUUCCGAUGAGUUGUCUCUUUCUUUUCACAACCUCCGUGAUGUUUCAAUCCAAAACAUUAGAUGUGAGGUAACAAACAUGAAGACGAUAGCGGAAAAGAAUGGAGAUGGUUACAGGUAUGGUUUUUCCAAGUGGUCGGCUUUCUUGAAAUCAAAUCAAAUACACAUGGCGCUACUCUUUUCUUUAAAUAUGUCAAGUCUUCGCAGCUUUUGAUUUUGACCAAAUUUGUACACAAGACGACAAAGAAAAGAGGCCGUCCGUGACUGUUUGCAUUUGUGGUUGUUAGUUGGUUUUGUAUAUGUUUUCGUGAACUGGUAGUUAUUAGUUGAUGGUGGGUUUACAGUUGUUUGCAUAGUUUCUACUUGAUCUUCGUAUGGCCCAAGUUGGAUGUCAGUUAUGUUUUCUGUUUGGACAAUUAGUACUUAAACAUGCCCUCUUUUGUAAGAAA